CCCAGAUCUAUACUCUUUCGACAUAGAAAAAGCUUGCGGACUAAGCAAGUGCUUUUGUCCAUAAUGUCGACUCCAUAAGUUGUCAUUGCAAGUAACAUUGAAUGCCGCUUCAUUCAAGGAGAGUGGAGCAAAGAUGGCUUCUUCAACCUCGCAAAAGGUACAUUUGAUCUUUUUAUAUCAUCCACAAGUAGAUGUCACAACUUCACCAAUUCCAAAUGCAAUCCUCAAGCGACUUUCGACUCUUUAUGGACAUCCAAAGAACCUCUUGAUCAGUCAAAUUCGAUAUGGGCAGCUAAAUGCUUCCUCUUCUAACACCCCCGCAAACGUUGAUUUGGACACACUUCUUUCGCCUAAUUCAAAACUAUCUGCUACUUCAUUCGUACCGACCGAUGAGUUCAUUCGAGUCAAUUCUGCUCAACAGACGAAUAAUGAUGACUCUUUCCUAACAGAUACCUGGUCAGACGUACGGGCUGUUCGAUCGCGGCCAUGGCAAGAUGAAUUGGACGAACUCAUGCUCGGUUCAGAAUCGAAACAAGAUGCGGUCCUUUGCAUUGCAGAUGGCCUGGUAGCAGCAGUAGAAAUGUUUGCCAGAUUCAGCAUAACCACAAAUCCAUUGGCUCGAUAUCUCGUUCAUUUGAUUCCCGACUCGUCUUCUAAGCUAGAUUUGAGAAAUGAUAUACAUCCACACUCAAACCUUGAUUCGACACACGAUGAAUGGAACUGGGAUCGUGCGGCAACUGAAUUGGGCAAAAUCGGUGCAUGGCCCUCAACAGUCAUCCUUCCCGAUAGUGGCUCCUCCUUUGCUAUGCUCUCGGUAGAGGCAGAAAGACUACAUAGAACCAUUUCCGACAAUUUACCUCCCACCUUGCCUUCGAUUAGCGACGCUCCUAGUAUUCUCGGAGCGAGCUUCCGACCUGUCACAUUCGCAAAGGGAAUGCUAUUGUCUGGAUAUAGUGACGCAGCUGGCACAGCAGCCCGUGCCGCUGCAAAUGCAAAUAUACCCAUCACAAGCAGAAAAAGACAAAGGCGACAGAGCGUUAAAGGUGGUCAAUUUGGCGGACAGGCAGACAAGAAAGAUGAAGAUUUAGGCAGCAUGGUUUCAUCGCUUACUGGUGCAUCGGCUAAUACUAUCACUCAGCCUCUUCCAGACACAACUGCUCGCAAAACUGUCUCUGAGGCACAGGCUAUUCAGAAGGUUCUGUUCUUGCAGCAACAGCAGCAGAUGAUGAUGCGGAAUGUCAAGAUUUUGCAACAGCAAGAAGAAGACAAAGGCUCAAGCAAAGGCUCUCCAACGAGAAACAGACUUUUGAGCCAAUUCAGAGAGCAAUUGGACUCACAACAGGAUACUUUGCGGACUUAUCAAAUCAAAUUGAGUUCGGGAGGAUUGGUACCCGAUCUCAAUAACUCAUUGAAUGCGCUGAUGGCGAUCGACAGGGAAGCAACAAAUCAAGGUAUCCAUCUUGGAGGUCCUAGUAAUAUGCAAGCGCUUGUCGCUAGACAUCGUCAGCAAUUAUUAGCACAACAACAAAAGGCGCAAGAGCAAGUAGCUGGAAAUGUACCGAGUACAACUCAACCUUCUGUAGCUCCUUCUACUACAACUGCUGGCGACGCAUCCACUCAACCGACUGAUGCUACUGGCGCUCAACAAGUAAAAAGGCCAGGUGGUCAGGUAUUCUGGACAGGUGCAAUUACGUGGAGUAUGGCUUUACCCAAUAAUCAGAGAAACCAUGCAGCUACAUUUGUGAUGGCACAAUGUGCUCCUAAUACCGAUCAAUCCACAUUGCUACUUCCAUGGCCGCAAAAGUUCACCAUUAGUGAAGUUAGAACGGUAUCUUUGUCCACUAUGCAACAAUAUGCUACCUCGCACAGUACACCCUGCAUCAUCUUCAAUCCCAAACCAUUACCGAACUCAGUACAGGGAGAUCCUUCGCCGGAUGCACCUAGUGCCAACAAAACGAAUGAAACGAUGUACAUGAUGCUGGCCAGGAUGAUCGAUAGCAAAAAGGGAUGUGCGUAUAUGAGAUUACAAGAUGCACCCAAUGCCCCCGCCGAGGCUGGGAUUGUGAUUGUACCUACAGCGCCUGCUCCAGGAAGCACUGCUAGACGUUUGCUUGGAUUGGUGUUCAAAGAUCCCGUUCCUUGGCACAUGUUUCUUCCACAAACGGCUCCGGAUGCAACAGCGGUUCAGCCUGCUGCUGCUACGGCCAAUGCUCAAGGUACUCAAGCAGGCAAUGCGUUCGCUCGUCCGCCUGUAACACCUCAAGCACCACCUGCUUUGUUCCAGCAACAGCAGGCAUCGGCUAGACCGGUAAUGCCUCAAACGCCGCAACAAUCACAACAGAUCGGAGGAUCAACCGGUGGUACAUCUUCUCAGGCUACACCCAUUCCUCCUGCGAUGGGAGCAUUGAGUGCACUUUCUGCGGCUCAAAUGGCACAACAGAUACCGGCGUGGGCUGCAUCAGCACUUGGAAAUCAACAGCAGCAACAACAAGCAAAGCCUAAUGCAUUGCCAACGUCUUUGGCAGCAUUACAACAAGCAAUGCAAAUGAAUGCAGGCGGUAUGAAUGCCGGAAAUGCCAACUUUGGAGGAAAUAAUGAGAACAAAAAUGUCAAUUUGGCAAAUAUAUUUGGCGGAGGGGAUGGAAAUCGAAUGAAUAUCGAUUUCAAUGCAUUGGCUUCUCAAUUGAAUAUUCCUGUCAAUCGACCUGGAAUGCCAAAUCAACAACAAGCCCCACAACAGCAACAAGGCAAUCCUGCUAUUUUCAAUCAAUCCAUCUGGUCAGACAACAAUAAUUCUAAUAAUGCUAAUCCGGUGAUGAAUAAUGCCACAAUCAAUCCCAAUGCAUUCGCCAAUCUUAACGCAGGUAAUGCUGGCGUGCAACCUACUGCAGGCGGACAAGGGAUGUCAUCAGCAGAUCUGGAAGCGUUACAAAGGAUUUUGGGUUUGACAAACAAUUAAAAAGAGAGACACUGUUUCACUCACACACAUUUGUAUACUAGUACAUCGAAUCAGAUUGAAAAAUAAAAAUAGAAAUGGGUAUCUUGUAUGUGUAUAAGAAAGG